CUUCGACCGGAUUCCCUGGCGACCAUAACUCACCAACGAAAAUGCCUUGAUUGAUAAUGGGACGACGGAACACGACAGUACACGACGUUGCCGCCCUUCGCGUUCAUCCUGACGGCACACGGGUACCUUCGUCUCUACCGGCCAAAGCUCAAGAUGCUGUAAACGCUGGGGACACUUUCUCGCGUGGUCUUCGUCCGCGAAUAGCGAAAUACACUGUGCAGGAUACGCGAGGGAAUCUCUUCGCGAGAGAUGCUGGUGGACUGGGACAAGUGCCUCGCAGGUUGCGUGCGGCAAGGACAGAAGAGGAAGAGGGUGAAUCGUCUGAACUCGAUCGAAGUCUGGUCGAAGCGAAAGCACAUGGGAUUGAGGAUGGUACUACGCCGGGCGGAGACAAUGGCUCCCGCGGCAAGAAACGUGCUGCUCAGGAAGUGAAGGACAGGAGAGCGAAGAGGCGGAGGGAAUUCGCAGAAGAUUACAAUUUCCUGCCAGGUCUUUCGCCUGUUUCUGGCACGUCGCGCAGUCAACCGUCUUCCCAGGGAAUUGUCACGACAGACGUCGGAUAUAAGGCAACACUUGACAAUGCGCAGGGUCGCGAUCCUCUUUACAACUGGGCAAUACCUUCGUCGGAUCUGCUGAAAAUUAUACAUCACUUCGCUUCAGUUCAUUACUCUGGGAAAGGUCAACUGUUUGACGCCUCAAGAGAAGCAAGACUGAUCAAGAAAAUUAGGAGAAUGAAAAGGCUCCAGGCAGCGGAGGCGGACGAUGGGUCAGAUACUCGGGCCAAUUCAUCUUCCCCUGAAAUCAGUACAAUGCAAGGUGGAAAUAUCCAAGAGAGUGAAGAAAGCGAAGGGAGCUCCGAAGGAGACGGCGGGAGCGGCGAUGAAUCCACCGGUUCCAUCGCGGAGACUCGCCGCGACGGGCCUUCAUCUCAAGCAAAUUCGAAGCACAAGACUUCUCGCCCCAAGAGACAUCGUCGGGGUCAGGCCCAGCUACGGAGAGACAUGUACAAGGCGUUUGACGGCAGCGCUUUAGUAGCGCUUGGUAUGCUUGUGCAAGAACACGUAGCAAGUCUCGUCGCUCCUCACAUCCCAGAGGAAUGGGAAGAAGAUAUGGAGAAUCACAAUAACAACACGGACGCUAACGAGGACUCAAGAUCGCGGAAAAGAGGGCAAAAGAAAAGCACGCCGCGCCGCGGUCUUGAGCAGGUCCACACCAGGAAGACGCCUGCGGGCGGCAGCGUAACUGCCAGUCCAGCAGCCCGCGAUGAAAAUUCGGCAACCCAUGAUACGCCAGAAGAACACACGCAGUCUGACAGUGACGAGAGUGUCGGUAAUUUGUUCGACGGCGGCGGCGAGGAGCCAGUCUUGGCUCCGGACAACUCGGAUGACUCCGACUACGUUCCAUGAAUUGCUGGCAUGCCAGUGUCCUUUUGAUGGAUUUGUCUGAGACGUAUAGAACGGAGUGUGUCGCACUUGGGACAGGAUGAAUCACGUCCCGAGACACAGCAUCAUUUCCACUGGCAGAUGAUACUUCAUCGGACGCAAAUGCAAGAUGAUUCCUGCGCCGUUGAUAUACUGCCUCAUGUACAGAUAAAAUCCGCACGUCGUGAUCAGACAUCACCGUGUGAUGCAGAGUUUUCCAUGUACAUCGGGGUCAAGUUCCUCGCAGCCGGACUCAGUCAAAUACUGAAGACGUCUCUGUGCUACUGGCGGCGUCGAUAUUUGGGAUCAACCAGAGCGGAACUAUGGCUCCUUGCAAUCCCGCGUAUCCCACCUCUCAUGUAUAGCCCCGACGACAAGUCUGGUGUUGCCUACUUCAGUACCUCGACAGCCCCAAUAACGAGCCAUUGGGGGGAGCCUGCUUUGAACGGAUUGCUAUAUUGUAUCUGUACUCGUGGCGGGUGAAGGGAGCCUGUAGCAUAGCUGAAGGCACAGGAUCUCCUGGAAUUUUGUCAUUGUAGCAGACCGGGGUCGAGCAGCUCGCCGAUACCGGUAUUUAUGAAACUUGCCUCACUUCUCCCUGGACCUGCCG